CUCUUUGGGGUUUGUGGGGAAUCUCUCUGAAGUGAAAAAGUUUCUCUGUUGUGAGAGAAUAUAAACCCAGCUCUCAGUUUGCAGUGGGAAGUCUUAUGGGAUCAAAAGAUGGAAAUCUAUCUAAUUUCAUGGUCCAGCCAAAUCUUUCGAUGUUCAUUACUUUUCACGAUCACAGGAUGCAGCUCAUGGAGAAAGGAGGUGCGGAAAAUCAAACAGAUGUGACAGAAUUCAUCCUCUUGGGGUUUGGGGAUCUCCCUGAACUGCAGAUCUUUCUCUUUCUGGUUUUCCUAGUGAUCUAUAUUGUGACCAUGGCAGGGAACUUCCUCAUCAUUGCUCUAGUUGUGACUGAUCAGCACCUUCACACCCCCAUGUACUUCUUCCUGGGGAACUUGUCCUGCCUGGAGACCUGCUACACUUCUGCCUUCCUGCCCAGGAUGCUGGCCAGUCUCCUGACUGGGGACAGAACCAUUUCUGUGGGGGGCUGCAAGACACAGUUUUUUUUCUUUUGUUUUCUAGCAACUACAGAGUGUUAUCUCCUGGCAGUGAUGUCUUAUGAUCGAUAUUUAGCCAUAUGCAAACCACUGCACUAUGGAACCUGUAUGAAUGGCAAGUUGUGCCUCCAGCUAGCAGCUGGGUGUUGGAUAAGUGGAUUUCUACCUUGUACAAUCAUGAUCUGUUUUAUGUCACAAUUAAUUUUCUGUGGCCCCAAUGUAAUGGACCAUUUCUUUUGUGAUCUCACCCCAAUGCUAAAGCUCUCCUGCAGUGACACCAGCCAGAUUAUGCUGGUUCUUUACAUAUUUUCCUUCCCAGAUGCAGUUUCCCCAUUUCUAUUAACCUUGACAUCCUAUGUUUGUAUCGUUAGCACCAUCCUGAGAAUCCCUUCCACCACCGGGAGGCAAAAGGCCUUUUCCACUUGCUUCUCUCACCUCAUCGUGGUAACACUUUUCUAUGGGACCAUAAUGAUUGUCUACACGCUACCGAAAUCCAGCAACCUGAGAGCCCUGAACAAAGUGUUCUCUGUCUGCUACACAGUCCUGACUCCCCUGGCCAACCCCCUCAUCUACAGCCUGAGAAACAGAGAGGUCAAGGAGGCCCUGAGAAAAGCUGUCAGGAAAUGUCUGGCCCUCACACAGAAGUCAGACUAGUUGAAUGAAAUGAGGAUCAAUCAAUCUGGUUUCUAUUGUGAAAGAAGGAGGGUCUAAGUGGGCCCUGAUACAGAAAUGCAGUAUACAAGAGAUGUGUGUGCUUGUGCACACACACACACACACACACACACACACACACACACAUAUAUAAAUUUAAGAGUGAUACAGAUGGUUGGAAUUUUGCAGGGGGAGGAGGGGAGAGAAGAUUUUGACUUUUCAUCAAAAUAACUGAAACCUGAAAAAUGAAAAAAAAAAUUGCUUUUUGGCAACUGACAUCUGAAAACCUUCAGAUGGAAACUGUAAAAAAUAAAAAUAAAAAAAAAGUCAUGCACUGUUGUUGUGGCUGUGUUGGUCCCAGAAUAUUACAAGCUGUGACCCUCUGUACCUCAAAAUAGCACCCUGGACCCCCCUAUUCACCACUGGGAUAGGGGGAUGCUGUGUUUGGUACAAAGUGUGCCUUGGGAGGGAUCAUUUGAGAAGUCUGGAUCUGCUGAACAUUAGUAUCCUGUUGAAUUGUGGGUACUAUCGUUGUAUGUGAUGUUAUGAAGUAUUGCUAAAUGUGUUACUGAAAUAUAGUGAGGUUGGGAGAUGGCCACAGCUGGCCUUUCAGUAACAACAAAGGGGCACCCAUCGCUGGCCAGACAGGCGUUGAUGGCCCAUCAAGAAGAAUCCACUCUCCCAGAAACUCCUCAGAGGGCAGGUACACAAUGGGUACUGCCCGAUCCCACCUCACAGCAAGGAUCUUUCUAGCACCUGGAGAGAAAGUAUAAGGAGGGUCAAUGACAUCACCACUUGGCCUCUCUCCUCCACCAUCUCAACACCCGGAAGAUCGUCUGGAAGACAAAGACUUUGAAC